AUGAAAAAGAGUGAUAUGAGUGCGAAGAUCGACGAUUGCGACGAUAGGGAAGGGCUGAGCUGUGGGAUCGGUAGUUGGCGACCGGAAUGGCUGCAGAAGUUUGCGACUCCCCGGGUGUUUCUCAUCAACUUCUCAUUGGUGGCCAUAUUUCAAGGCGCGAGCUUCACGUAUCUGAUUGGGUCGAUGACCACUCUCGAGAAGAAGUACAGCUUUGAGAGCAAAAUAUCGGGACUUAUACUCAUCGCCGACAACAUCAGCCAAAUGAUUAUCAACCCAUUCAUAGGCUAUUUGGCCACAAAGUACAACCGACCGAUGCUUAUGGCGAUCGGAGAGAUGAUCGUCGCGUUGGCCUGUUUUAUGUCCGCCGCACCAUUUUUCAUAUACGGGGCCAAUUAUAAUCUCAACAGCGACCGCAUUGAUAGAAAUGUCAGCUCAACUUCCCUUACGGAUAGUACAUAUGAUUUAUGCGAUAAAACCCGUAAUAUAACAGCCAUUUGUGCCGCAAAUGAAAGAUCAGUUACUAAAUGGCCGGCGGUUAUCAUACUAUUUGCGGCGAGUUUUGUAAACGGAUUGGGAUAUACCGCUUUCUAUACGAUUGGUUUGCCAUAUAUUGACGACAACACCAGUAAGAAGAGCUCUCCUCUAUAUCUGAGUUUUACGGCUUCAUUAAGACUGUUGGGUCCGUCGUUGGGUUUCUUACUCUCCUCCCUGUGUUUAAAGUAUUACGAGAAUCCGUUUUAUAGCCCUGAUAUAUCCCCUACUGACCCUCAAUGGGUGGGUGCCUGGUGGAUAGGGUUCGUGGUGAUCGGCAUAUUCCUCAUAUUAUUCUCGAUACCAAUGAUGAUAUUCCCGUCGCAAAUGGGGUCGGACUCGAGUCCAGCGACUAAACCAACUGAAAACGACUCGAUGUGUAAAUCAUUGAAAAGGAUUCUCAAAAAUCCUAUUUUCAUGUUCAAUGUGUUUGGCAUGUGCUUGCGACUAUUGGGUUAUCUGGGUUACUAUCUAUUUAAGCCAAAAUAUAUCGAGGCACAAUUUAGAAAGUCUGCCUCCGAGGCCAAUAUGUGGACCGGUAUAGUCAGUAUUCCCACCAUGGCUAUCGGCAUAAUGGCUGGGUACUCUGAUUGUGAAUGCAUCGGUGGUAGUGAUUCGAUGGUGACCACCGGUUAUUGUGACAGUGAUUGCAAUCAAUUUCCAUUAUAUAUAGCUAUUAUGGGAGUAGCAGGCAUUAUUAUGUCCACUUCUAAAAUUGGUGACACUUUGAUUACCCUGAGAUGUGUUGAGCAAAGGGAUAAGAAUUUUGCCAUGGGCAUCAUUGGCAGCUUUCUCGCUGUUUUUGCAUUAAUACCGUAUCCAUUGGUGUUCGGGACGAUCACUGAUAUGGCGUGUAUUGUGUGGAAGGAGUCGUGCGGAAAGACCGGCAACUGUUGGGUCUAUGACAUCGACAAGUUUAGUCGAUCCGUAGAGCACCGGAGGAAAGAGAGAACUGCAGACAAUUACUUCCUAUCGAGAGAUCUUAAGAAAAGUCCGUCCAUUGGGUCGGCCGUAAGGAUCGGCAAAAUCAAUACAUUGGCCAAAGAAAAGCUGGUGGAACAGCAAAAGUCAAACACUCAAGUAGUGGUCGAUAAGACUCCGGACAACACCACCGCCACUACAGUAACCAACAGAUCCCUGGAUGAGAAGAGAAACAAAGACAGCCCCAAGGAUGGGGUGACGAGGACUUCAACAUCCGAGACAGAACCGGAUGAAGUGCUGUCAAAGAUGACCAAAGAUAAUCUAAACAUAAAUCAUGAAAACGAUUUAUCGGACAAAAAGAAAACGACAUUUCAAUUAGAGAUCGUUUGGAAGAAUGUAUUCCUCAUGAGUUUGUUGCAUAUGAGCGCUCUUUAUGGCGUUUGGAUUACAUUAAUGAGCUCUAAAUGGCAGACAAUAUUCGCGAUGUAUUUCUUCGGCAUUGUGUCUGCGAUGGGGGUAUUGGCCGGCGCUCACAGGUUAUGGUCUCACCGGACAUAUAAAGCCAACUUUCCGUUGAGGGUAAUUUUGGCAUUUUUCGAGACAAUGGCCCUCCAGAACGACAUCUACGAGUGGUGUCGCGACCAUAGGGUUCAUCACAAGUACUCGGAGACGGACGCCGACCCCCACAACUCCAACAGAGGCUUCUUCUUCGCACACAUGGGUUGGUUGAUGUGUAGAAAACAUCCCGAAGUCAUCGUCAAAGGCUCGACCAUUGAUAUGAGCGACGUCUGGGCCGACCCUAUCGUUCGCUUCCAACGCAAGUUCUACAUACCUCUAGUCAUCAUCAUAUGGGGAGCCAUACCAUCAUACAUACCAUUCCUCUUGUGGAACGAAUCCGUGUGGAACUCCUUCUUCAUGUGUGUCACUCUUCGCUAUGUAUUUGUGUUACACAACGCAUGGCUCGUCAACUCAGCCGCACAUAUCUACGGCACCCGACCCUACAAUCAAUAUAUAGAGCCCCGAGAGAAUCGAGCCGUAAAGUACCUGGCUCAUGGGGAAGGUUAUCACAACUUUCAUCACACUUUUCCGUGGGACUACUCGGCGUCUGAGUUGGGAUGGAAAGACAACUUCAAUUCAGCCACACUUUUCAUCGACUUUUUCGCGCAAAUCGGUUGGGCUUAUGAUCGCAAGAAAGUGCCACAAAAUAUAGUCAACCAAAGGAUGGACAGAACCGGUGAGAAGAACAUCGAGAGAAUCGGCGCUCUGAAGGACUAUUCCUAUGGUUUUGUCAUCACUUUACUGCCCAUUUGGCUCUCUUUCUUGGGCCGAGUUAUCGCCACUCCUAUCCUAUUAUACCUAUUCUUCUGA